UAUUUAUAUGCAGCUCGAAGUGCAGCCGGCUAGUAUAGUCCGUACUGCAGUUCACAUCAGUUAUCGCUUGGCUAAAGAUCAUACUCUUCAAGAUGUUCCAUUUGUACGUUCUGCUGGCAGGAAUCCUUUUUCCUGGACUAGUGCUAAGUGCUCCAACGGUGCACUUACAGGACCACUUCCCGGACCCUACCGGAACGGAGGAUUACAAUGCAAUUCCAGCCAUUACCGAAACGCCUCAAUUGCAAGGUACACCACACGUCGUCGAACCGACCUGGAUCACGGUAACGAUGCUACCACCGAGCUAUACUCCCACCGGGCCAGAGCUAAAGCCUAACGUGAUGCCACCGUACACUGCCUACGUGGCUGUGCCCCCGCUACAACAGCCCAUGCCUGCACCUUGGCCACUGUACUAUCCCCACAUGCCGGUACUGCCGUAUCCGUACGCUAACAAUCAUCUGUGCAACCCGCAGCUGGGCUCGAUCGGCCGUGUGGCAUAACGGGCUAAUCUGAACCUCAACGCCCAACGUCACGCUGGUGUCGCGUGUGAAUCCUUCCGCGUACGGGGCUAUCGAUUACAUGCUUCUGGUUAAUUUAUUCUGCCCACUGGAAUCAUUUGUUUUCGACGCGUUAUUUUUGUGUGUCCUGCCACGUUUUGCGUUUUCCGUUCGUCCAAAGUUGUCCAGGGUGCAUAAUCCGCUGAAGCAACUGCAGAGCGAACCGUGUUCGGGGUGCCAGUGUCAAAUAAUUUCAUCAGUGCUAUAAUUUUAUGUUUUAUCCAUCGGCUCAGGAGGCUUCUUAGUUUCGCAAGUGCAUGCAGUUUACCUGCUGGUGAAGGUAAAUUAUACGUUUCAUUAAUGAUCGAGACAUCUUCGGAGGGGAAAACAAGCAGGGACAUUCCUGGAAUGAUCAAGUCAUUUGUCUGUAUCGGGUUUCGGUGUGAAAUGUGGGUACCUUAUCCGGGCAGGGUUUGCUUUCAUCGCAAGAUUGUAGCGGUGGUUGACAAGUUUUGACAGCUCAAUACGGUGGAUCCAUGGUUUCGCGGGAGUUUGGUCCUAGAGGAUUUAGUUGCUACAGUCAUAUCUAAACUCCUAUCACGAUCGCUUAAGCACAAUAAAAAAUAAAAACUGUUGA